CUCGCCGUCAAAUCCGCCGACGUCUUCUCCUUGGACGUUCUGGCCUGUAUUUCCUGUCGUGCUCAGUUGGCGUCGCCGUCGUCACUUCUUCCACCAUCUAAUUGGCGCUUGCGCAUUGUCUCCCGACACCGUUAUCACCCGCGUUUUCCCCAUAUCUGGACAUUGCGCAUCCGACAUCUACCUACUUCCUCACCUGCCCAUUCCUCCAUCUACACUGCACGUGCUGGUUUCGCAAAACUAGUCUUAAACGCCCGCCCAUUGCGCCCGUAAUUGCACCUACUGUCCUGCUGCUUGUUCACCGCUUGAAGCCUUCGGACUCCCCACGCUUAUGCCGCCAAAACGAAAGCGCUCAACCACAGUAACGUCGGUCAAGAAAGACGCCAUGGACGCUGUGCAGCCCUCAUCGCGCGACGCCUCGGACGAGGGUGCCGAGGAUCCUGUCCUCCAAGCCGUCGCGUCCAAGAAGGAGCGCCAGGCCGAUGCCAAUGCCAAUGGCACGACGACGACGACGACGAAACGGGUACGCGUCAAGAGCGCCCACGGCGACCAAGACAGCGACGAGGAUGAGCGCGCAAGCAAGAAGAGCCGCCGCACAUCCUCGCUUGCAGGCGACGAUGACCACGGCGAAGGAGGCGAGGCUGGAAGCAUGCGCAUGGAGCCUCCGCCGAAAGCUGGCCUCGUCGAUCCUGUAGGGUACAAGACGAAUCCGCCGCCAGAGGGCCGACCGGUCAGGAUAUACGCAGACGGUGUGUUUGAUCUCUUCCACAUUGGACACAUGCGCGCCCUGCAGCAAGCCAAGACGGCCUUUCCAGACGUCCACCUCGUCGUCGGCGUUACCGGCAACAAGGAGACGCACAAGCGCAAGGGUCUGACCGUUUUGUCGGCGAGGGAGCGUGCCGAGAGUGUGCGCCAUUGCAAGUGGGUUGACGAGGUGAUUGAGGACUGUCCUUGGAUCGUCACCGCCGAGUUCUUGCUCAAGCACAAUAUCGAUUAUGUUGCGCACGACGACCUUCCCUAUGGCGCAGACGAAGGCGAUGACAUCUACGGUCCCAUCAAGGAGCGCGGCAUGUUCCUCGUCACACAGCGAACAGAGGGUCUCAGCACAACGGGUAUCAUUACAAAGAUCGUACGCGACUACGACCAAUACAUCGACCGCCAACUCAAACGCGGCACCUCGCGCAAAGAACUAAACGUGUCCUGGCUCAAGAAGAAUGAACUAGACGUCAAGCGCACCAUGGCCGAGCUGCGCGACAGCAUCAAAGCCAACUGGACCACCACAGGCCAGGAACUGAGCAAGGACUUUAGACAGUUUUGGCAAUACGGCACCUCGAGGCCAGCCAGUCCUGCGAGGACGUCAACGAGGGAGCAGACGCAGGCUGAGGCUAUGGAAUCUGGCGGCAAUGUUGCGAGGAGCCCGAGUGCGAUUAGUAGGCUGAGCCACUUGGACAUACCCAGGGCGAACAUCAACAGUACCAGGGAGUCGUCCGAGUUCGCGGCGGGCUACAAUCUGGGUCUGAUUGGUGGUGUGAGGUCGUGGAUGGCGCGCAGUCGCCGUAAUCUGAACGAUAGUAGGCCCCAGAGCCCCACGUUUGAUGAGAGCUCCGACGAGCAGGAGGUCGCGAGGAGUCCGCAGGACAAGGAAGUCACGCGUGGACGGACGGGCAAACAGAUGAAGAGCGAGGGCAUGGAUACGGCGGCUUAGGAUGUCUUGACCAAGUACCUCUAUUAGACCUCUUAUGUUACGGCAUGUUGUGGUGGGUUUGGGGGAGGUGGGAGGAUGAAAAUGUUUUCCCUUUUUCUCUCUUUUUCCCCCCCUCUCCCCCCUUGGUCCCACGUAUAUCUUGUUUAGUCGCACGAGGUCCUUUACGCGGUGCUUGCUAGGUCAAAGGCUAUCAGUGUGCGCUCGUUGCACCGUCUCUCUCUCCCCCUCUCUAGUCAAGAGGGAAACUUAUUUUAUCAUAAUACUUAUCCUGUUCGUGUUGCCGACUGCGUCUUCUUUCGCCUUAUCUCGUGCUACUGAACAACUUUCUUUGUUUGCCUACAUUGGUAAGACUACUUUUAGGCUAUGAU